AUGCUCACUACCAUGAGCAAGGGGGCUUCGUUGAAAGGUGUGCUGCUGGUGGUUCUGCUGGUAUCUAACAUGUUCCUGUCAAAGAAAGGUGUGACCUCAUUGCCAAUCUGUCCCAGUGGGUCUGUUGGUUGUCAGGUCUCCCUUGGGAAUCUUUUUGACCGUGCAGUUAAACUCUCACACUACAUCCACUCCCUCUCCUCAGAAAUGUUCAACGAAUUUGAUGAGCGCUAUGCUCAAGGUCGGGGAUUUAUUACAAAGGCCAUUAAUGGCUGCCACACUUCCUCCCUAACCACUCCUGAAGACAAGGAGCAAGCUCAGCAGAUUCACCAUGAAGACCUACUGAAUUUAGUGCUCGGAGUACUGCGCUCCUGGAAUGAUCCCCUGCUCCACCUGGUCUCUGAAGUGCAAAGUAUCAAAGAAGCUCCAGAUACCAUCCUCUGGAAGGCUGUGGAGAUUGAGGAACAAAACAAGCGUCUUCUAGAAGGAAUGGAGAAAAUAGUUGGACAGGUUCAUCCUGGUGAAAUAGAAAAUGAAGUCUACUCCAGGUGGUCAGGUCUCCCAUCCCUGCAAAUGGCAGAUGAGGACUCCCGUCUCUUUGCCUUUUACAGUCUGCUGCACUGCCUGCGUAGGGAUUCCCACAAAAUUGACAACUACCUGAAGCUGUUAAAAUGUCGCCUUAUCCAUGAUAGCAACUGUUAA